CGAUUCGACGUCGAGUGCCACCGCGAGGGUGCGCCCUGACUCUGGUUCUGUUGCUGUGGGCACAUCGCGGGGGCAGUUCAGUCCCUGCCUACCCUUCAGCUGCUGCGGCCGCCUGCAGAUUCAACCAUGGCCUGGUUCGAUAUGAUUCCAAACGAGGUACUUCUGAAGAUAUUCUCAUAUUUGACCAUUGAUGACCUCUGUCUCUCUGUGAGAGACGUCUGCAUUCGGUGGCGGAGAGCUUCUCAGGCUAAUGAGAUAUGGAAGAACUUAUGUUUCAGCCCAAAACGAAGCGCCUCUCAGGAAGAAAUAGCUAGCAGGCUUCGGCAUAUGCAGAAUCUGAGGAUAUUCGAGUACUACGGAACGUGCAACGUCAUAGGAACGCUAUCUGAAUACUGCACAAGAAUAACUGUUUUGCGUGUUAGCAAAAUAGAAACGCCUUCGGCCCUUCUUAAAAUAACCAUGGAACGACUGACUGCAUUGAGGGAACUCGGCAUUUUAAUUAGUCUCAAUAAAGAAGGAUGUGAGCUUACGCAUAUUAUUGGCCAAUCCAGAACUCUGGAUAGUUUAGCCUUGUACUCGUCAGGUACACGAAGUGUUACGGAGGGACUGCUGAAACCUAUUGCAGACGGUUGUCCAAAUUUGAACAACUUAGCCUUAAAAUGUGGAGGUGACAAUUAUUCGGAUGAGGAAAUCUGUUAUUUGCUGGAAUGCAAAAAGCGGCAGCUCGAUGCAUACGAGCAUUGGGGAAGAGUAUUUCCAGAUUUCUUCGUGGCCAUAAACGAAUGCACGAAUCUAGAAAAACUCGUCUUCGUCUCCGUGGAAAACGACUCCCCAUUCGAUCAAAUACCUCCCAUCACGAAGUUAAGAAAACUGACAAAAUUAGUAUUCACAUGCUGCAAAUUUCCUGUGGUAAAGAAAAUACCUCUGACUUUAUUUCCUGAGGUAUUCUCUCAGUUGUCGUACAUUGGUUUGCCCUUGACGUUAGGAAACAUCAACGCACUUAUGAACAAGAUCUUGCCGAAGUCUCCUUCGCUUACUCAUCUCACUCUCGAAGGAAAUUCUCAACUUCACUGCAAGGGAUUCAAAAAUAUACGUUCCUGUAAAAAUCUGGCGUGUCUCGACGUCUCCUACUGCAGCGCAUUUGGCAAGGAAGCUAUGAAGUGCGUUGCGGAGGGCUGCCCGCAACUCCAGCAUCUCAAUGUUUCUAGCAUCCCCAUACCGCAGAAGAUGUUUCGGCAAAUUCUCAAGUGUACGAAACUCAACACUCUAUUAAUGAGGAACUGUGAUUUAACAGACAUUAAUCUCAAUCUUAUACCAACAAAUGUUACCAGUUUAUUAUACCUCUACAUUGGCCCACAGUUUCAACUAGCAGAUAACGUCAGAUAUGAAAUGAAACGAGCAAUGCCUCAGCUGGUUAUAAAGCAAGCCUCAGUUUCGUGUGACGCAAGUGAAUAUUACGGAAUUAAGAGGGACCUAACUCAAAACGUGCCGUUCUAGUAAGGAAGCACAUCGCAAAGCAAUCAGUACCUGAUGCGGUAAUUCAGUUUCAACAUUUGUAGUGUGCAGAGGGGCAAGCCGACAGGCAGUGAAUGUCUGAUACCAUGUCUGUGUGUUUUCCUCAAGUGGAACCUCUCUUUCAACCAUAAGACAGAACUUCAUGUGAUCACUAAUUUGAAAACCAGGUUCAAAUAUUAUUUUAUCAGAGUUUUAAAACCAGAAUAAUACACUGUGUUCAAUCAAGGAGGAAACUU